AAGCUGUUUUGCUUCUCUUACGAUUGACAAUUACAACACCAACACAUCAGCAUCAUGGCUACCAAUAUCGACGACCUCGAGCUAGACGAGCCCCCAACCGUCGAACCCUACGAAGUCCUCGGCAUCCAAACAACAGCAACCCAAGACCAAAUCAAAUCCGCCUACCGCAAAGCCGCUCUGAAAUGGCAUCCAGACAAGGCAGCCCCCUCAGAUAAAGAAUUAGCCCACACCAAAUUCCAAGAAAUCGCCCUCGCCUACGCCGUCCUCAGCGACGAACGCCGCCGCACCCGCUACGACAACACAGGCCGCACGGACGAAUCCCUCGACAUCGACGACGACAUUUUCAACUGGAGCGAUUUCUACCGCGCCCAAUUCGCCAAUGCCGUCACAGAAGACACAAUCACCUCUUUCACCGCAGAAUACAAAGGCAGUGAUGAAGAAAAAGAAGCCUUGCUAGCCGCAUACACCAAAUACAAGGGCGAUAUGGGAAAGGUUUAUCAGCAAGUUAUGGUGUCUAAUCCUGCUGUUGAUGAAGAGAGAUUCAGGGGGAUUAUCCAUGAAGCUAUUGAGAAGGAGGAUGUGGAGGCGCAUGUCAAGUUCACACAAGAAUCGCAGAAGAGCAUCGAUAGACGUAUCGCUGCUGCAAAGGAAGAACACGAAGAAGCAGACGAACAUGCAAAGAAACUCGGUCUCGACAAAAAGGGCAACAGAGGAAAAGGAAAAGCCAAAGCAGGACAAGGAGAAGGAGAUCUAUCAUCCCUAGCUGCAAUGAUCCAACAACGCAACAAGGGUAGAAGUGAAGACUUCUUGGACAAUCUUGCCGAAAAGUAUGGAGCUGCUCCUAAGAAAAAGGGAAAGAAGAGGGCAAAGGAGGCGGAUGAUGAGCCUCCGGAAGAAGCAUUUGAAAAGAUGGGAAAGAGGAAGAGUAAGAGGUCAAAGGCAUAGAUUGGGAAGUGAGAUUGCAUCGGAAACUCUGAUGAUCAUGGCAGUCGGAAUGGAUAGGCGACAAGGGAGGAAGGCACAUGCACACUGAUUAUAGCGAGGCGUUGGUUGGUUUUCACCAAGGAAACGGGACAGGGAAGCAAUUGUUCAUAGCCAUGCUCAACACAAACCAGCAUUCAGAAGAUUGCUCACUAUUGCUUUUUCAGCCUGCUCAAUCAUGUCAAUCACCCCAACCAAAGAAACACGACCAACAUCUCCCAGUCUCAAACCCAAACAAGAAGAAGAAAAAGUCUAUCC